CGCGCGCGAGCUGGCUCCGUGCGAGUCCGUCCGUCCGACCGGUCCCCGCGUGACCCGAACGCGGCCCUUCCCGAGCGGGCGAGCGGUUGGCGGCUUAUAAGGCCGGCUCGCUGCUGGGCGUUAACAUCUCCGGACCACAGCCACCCCAGAUUUGGAAUUCUACACUAAAGUCAUCAUGGGCAUUUUCCAGAGAUUGAUGAAAAAUAAGGAACUCAUUCCUUUGGCGGUUAUCAUAACUACGGCGGCCACUGGAGCUACAUCCUUCGCUUUGUAUGCUUUGAAAAAAACCGACGUGGUUAUUGAUCGAAAAAGAAACCCAGAACCUUGGGAGAGGGUGGAUCCUACUCAACCUCAGAAGCUUAUAACCAUCAACCAGCAGUGGAAGCCCGUGGAAGAGCUGCAGAAAGUUCGGAGGGCAACCAGAUGAUGGCUCUUCGCUCCUCCCUUCUGAAGAGCGCUCUAUGAAUCUAGUGGAAACACUUCCGCACAGACUAGAGUUUGAUACCAGUGUGCGGAAAUGCUUCUGCUACGUUUGUAGGGUUUGCCCGCUUUCUUUGGAUCCUGUGUAAGCGACUGAAGGUAGCACACAGUCCGAAAAUAGUUUUCUGUGUUUACUGGUGUAAAUUUCCAUUUUACAUUCGAAAUUUUAUGUUCCUGAUGCUUGGGUGUAUUCCUUGAAAUGUAUAAACAUGUAUAAAUUAGAUUACUACCUGUAAUAAAAUGUUAUUUAUGCAA